AUGUUUUCGCAGAUUCUCUAUGCGGCGGUGGCGCCCUACAAUGGAGAACAGGCCGCAGAGGCGUCACCGCCAUCACCGGCAGCUCCUCUGAUGCCCGUGGAAGACGGAGCUCCUGAAGAAGGGAGCAUCGGUUUCCCGGUGUGCGUCAUGGACUUUCAAGGCGAGGGCUCCGAUUCCGAUGAUGGCUGCCUGCGCAGGACCUGCUCCUCGCUGCUGACGCAGACUUUUCGGCCCGGGCGAGCCAUCCCGGCAGGGGCUGGUUGCUAUCGGAUGGAGUUCACGGACGAUCGGGAGCCGCCGGUCGCGAUGGUUCAGGCAGACCAGCUGUACCCGCACUUCUCAGACCGGCUGUACCCGCACCUCUCAUUGAAGCUGGAGCUCGAUGAAGCCGUCUGCGCUGCAGACUCCUUGGAGGACGAGAUGGAGGAACAGUCCGCAAAAAUCUGCAGUGGCUGGCUUCGCUGUGGGGAGAUGUGCGAGGGCGAGGAACGCGAGCUCUUCGAGCGUCGAGCACAAGUGCUGGACGCUUUGAGGUCUCUACUGUUCUUGCAGCUGCCGUUCCUGCUCUGGCGGCUUUGGUUCUCCUCCUUCACGGUUGACGUGGUGUCCUGGGCAGGGAGUACCCUGCUUAUCGCGAAGAACACGAUCUGGGCACUGCUGGACUUAACGAUAGUCCUGAGUUGCGGCAGGGAGGACUCGAUGUUGUGUGGUUUCCGGCCACUGGAGCACCUGCGAGCGGCUACAGUCAGUCCGUUUGGCCAGGUCUGGGUGGGGCCCAGUGGGAUCAUCGCUUGUGCCGCAGAGAUGGCCGGAACUACGCGGAAGGCCCGCCUCGAGCAGAAACAUCUCAAGCUCCUGCAGCACGAGGAGUGGCUCCGGGCUGAGAAGCAAAAGUGGAGCGAUGCUGGGCAUCUUUUUGAUGAGCCCCUGCGUCGGGCCCGUCACUUGCGGGUAAUGUAUGAGGAGAAGAUGCAGUUCACGUUCCCGUAG